AUGUCAGAAGCACCAGCAGCAACGCCCGCACCGGCACCAGCACCAGCAGAACCAGAAAAGAGAACAGGACCUGCAACAUGGAAGUUCCCACCCACCCGCAAGUCUUCGAUCCCUGAUCUUGAUAAAGAAACUAAAUUGAGCAAAGAUCAAUUGAAAAUUCUGCGAGAUGCCUUCAACGUUUUUGACAAUGAAAAGAAAGGCGCAAUCUCAUUGGAUAUUAUUGGCACGAUUUUGGAAUUGCUCGGACAUGCAGUAGAAGAAGAAGAGCUCGAUGACAUUUUAGAUGAAUUUGAUGAGGACGAGUCAGGCGAGAUCGAAUUUGCUGAAUUUGUAAAACUAGCAAGUCGAUUUGUAGAGCCAGAGGAGGAUUAUGAACAGCUAAGAAAAGAAUUGAGAGAGGUUUUCAUGUUGUACGACAAAGAAGCACGUGGUUAUCUUCCACUCGAUGAAUUUAAGAAAAUUUUGAGAGAAAUCGAUCCAGAAUUGCCUGAGGAUGAACUUGACGAGAUGAUUGACGAAAUUGAUGCUGACGGAAGCGGAACGAUUGAUUUUGAUGAAUUCAUGGAUGUAAUGGCAGGUGCAGAUUGA